AUGGGCAGGAACCCCGGCAGCCCAAGGGCUCACCGGAAGCGGGCACUGCUGGGCGAGCACCGGGCGCCGUUCUUUGGGCUGGCCGGGGAGAGCGCUGAGAUUGCCAGGGCGGCCCCAUCCGCAGCCCGAGGUGGCAGUGCCCAGGAGGAGAGUCCAGCCCGGGAGGGUGAGGAGGUACAGCCGGGUGUGGGAGCCGAGCCUCCGGGAUGCCCUGGGCCCCAGCGGUGGAGGCCAGGAGAGCUUCUCCCUCCUCCCACCCCGCUAUUCCUGGUCACCAGGUUGCACAGGCCGGCCAGUGGAGACCUGGAGGUGGCCAGGCCGGGAGGGCCUGCCCCAGAGAAGGUGCACUGCGGCCCGGAGACUGCCAAUAAAUCAGGCCUGACCCAGAAGGAGAGAUCAGAGCAGGCCUGUCGGAUUCGUCCCCUGCUCAAGCAGACUGGUCCUAAGGAGAGCCCUCGCCAGCCCUGUGCCUCUGGCUUCUGCUUCACGGGACCCAGCUCCUGGUCCCUGAAGACCUCAUCUCUACCGGUUUUAGGGCCACCCAGGGCUGGCAGCGAAUACGCCAGGUCACCAUGGCUGUUGUUGGCUCCCUUGCUGUCCCCAGCUGCCUCCCAGGUCACUUCCCCACCUUGCUGCCUCUGUCCAGAGGGUGUGCACAGGUUCCAGUGGAUCCGGAACCUGGUUCCAGAGUUUGGCAUCUCCAGCUCUCACAUCAGAGUGCUCUCUUCCCCCGGAGAGUUUUUUGAGCUCAUGAAGGGGCAAAUAAAAGUAGCCAAGAGGCGGGUCGUGAUGGCAUCUCUCUAUCUGGGCAUAGGACCUUUGGAACAGGAACUGGUUGAUUGCCUGGAAAGUACUCUAGAAAAGUCACUGCAAGCAAAAUUUCCUUCUGACCUCAAGGUCUCCAUUCUUCUGGACUUUACCAGGGGCUCAAGAGGCAGGAAGAACUCACGCACAAUGCUGCUACCACUCCUGCAGAGGUUUCCAGAGCAGGUCCGAGUCUCCCUCUUCCACACUCCAAAUCUCCGUGGUCUUCUCCGACUCCUUAUCCCUGAGCGCUUCAACGAGACCAUUGGCCUCCAGCACAUCAAAGUGUACCUCUUUGACGACAAUGUUAUCUUGAGUGGUGCAAACCUGAGUGACUCCUACUUCACCAAUCGCCAGGAUCGCUACGUGUUCUUGCAGGACUGUGCAGAGAUUGCUGACUUCUUUACAGAGCUGGUGGACGCGGUGGGGGACGUGUCCCUGCAGCUGCAAGGGGACGACACUGUGCAGAUGGUGGAUGGGAUGGUGCAUCCUUACAAAGGUGACCGGGCUGCUUACUGCAAGGCGGCCAAUAAGCGGGUCAUGGAUGUGAUCCACUCAGCCAGGAUGCGCCAGCAGAUGCUGCAUGCCCAGACCUUCCAUAGUGACUCCUUGUUGACCCAGGAAGAGGUGGCGGCCGCUGGUGAUCGGAGACCCGCGCCUGACACCUGGAUUUACCCGCUGAUCCAAAUGAAGCCCUUUGAGAUCCAGAUUGAUGAGAUUGUCACCAAGACCCUGCUGACUGAGGCUGAGCGAGGUGCCAGGGUCUUCCUCACCACUGGCUACUUCAACCUGACGCAGGCCUACAUGGACCUGGUCUUGGGCACGCGGGCUGAAUACCAGAUCCUGUUGGCCUCCCCAGAGGUGAAUGGCUUCUUCGGGGCCAAGGGUGUGGCUGGUGCCAUCCCGGCAGCCUACGUACACAUUGAGCGGCAGUUCUACAGCGAGGUGUGCAGCCUGGGGCAGCAGGAGCGGAUCCAGCUACAGGAGUACUGGAGGAGGGGCUGGACAUUUCAUGCCAAAGGCCUCUGGCUGUACCUGGCGGGGAGCAGCCUGCCCUGUCUCACGCUGAUUGGCUCUCCUAAUUUUGGGUACAGGUCAGUUCACCGGGACCUGGAGGCCCAGAUUGCUAUUGUGACGGAGAGCCGAGCCCUGCAGCAGCAGCUCCACCAGGAGCAGGAGCAGCUCUACCUGCGCUCAGGUGUGGUGUCUUCUGCCACCUUUGAGCAGCCGGGUCGGCAGGUGAAGCUGUGGGUGAAGAUGGUGACUCCACUGAUCAAAAACUUCUUCUGAGGAUGGACAGGAACGGCCUUGAUGAAGAUGACGGGCAUGGCUGGCGUCAGCUCCUUCAGCCGCGCCUCGGCGAUGACUCCAGUCUGUGUGUCC